GGCACGCCGAAAGAGUCAACGGGGUCCCUGACACCCCAAGAUGAUAUCAGGUCUGUAUCUACCCCCUGUGGCUGGGGGGCUUAGAAUACAGCCUCGGCAUCCCCUGCCUGUCGUAAAAGGCGACUAAAAGGGGGACGUAAUAGAGCGGGCAAGGCAGUAUGAUGUAAAAGUACCUGUAAACGAAUGAAAUAAUUGUAACGUCGAUGAUGAGAAACAGAAUCAAUCAGGAAAUAUGGUUAAAAUAUAUGCAUAAAUUAUAAUAUCGAAACCACUUUAAGAAACCUUUUGUAAUAUUUAAUUGUGCAUACAAAAACAAAGACAAAAUGGCAAAAUCACGAGUUACAUCGAAACCUCCUCGAAAGGAGGGAUUCAAUCGUUCAGGGCAUAGUAUGAAUCCUGAACGACCCACAGAAGGAUUAAAAGGUGUAGCUAAAGUUCGAACUAAAGCAACAAUCAAAAGGUUGCAAAUGUAUCGUAAUCAAAAACCGAAACGUGACCGCACAGGUAAAAUAAUUAGUCCAGCACCAUUCCAAGGCUGGCAACCAUCUGGUACUAUGUCUCGUGUAGAACCUUCACAAAGAUGGUUCGGUAAUUCGAGAGUAAUUUCUCAAAAUGCUUUACAAAAAUUUCAAGAUGAAUUAGGGAAAGCUAUGAAGGAUCCAUAUAAUGUUAUUAUGAAACCUACUCAGAUGCCAAUAACUCUGCUUCAACAGAAAGCUGCAAAUGCAAGAGUGCAUUUAUUAGAUACAGAAAGUUUUGAAAGUGUGUUUGGUCCAAAAAAAUUAAGGAAAAAACCAAAUUUACCAAUAUCUUCAUAUGAUGAACUACAAAAAUUAGCAGAGCAAAAGGAAGAAACAUACAACAUAGAAAAAGAUUCUAAAGAUCUUGAUCUUGUAAGACCAGAUACAGGUGUAAAAGAUAUGCAGAGGGACUGGAUCAUGUCAGCAGGACAAAGCAAAAGAAUUUGGAAUGAAUUAUAUAAAGUUAUAGAUUCCUCUGAUGUUGUUUUACAAGUAUUGGAUGCUAGGGAUCCUAUAGGUACUAGAUCUCCACCCAUAGAGAAAUAUUUGAAAACAGAGAAGCCUCACAAACAUUUAAUGUUCAUUUUAAAUAAGGUAGAUCUUGUUCCAACAUGGGUUACACAAAGAUGGGUUGCAAUUUUAAGUUCAGAAUAUCCAACAGUAGCAUUUCAUGCCUCAAUGACACAUCCAUUUGGUAAAGGUUCUUUAAUUAAUUUAUUACGUCAAUUUGCAAAAUUACAUAUGGAUAAGAAACAAAUCAGUGUAGGCUUUAUAGGAUAUCCUAAUACCGGGAAAAGUUCAGUUAUAAAUACUUUAAGAUCGAAAAAAGUAUGUAAAGUUGCACCAAUCGCGGGUGAAACGAAAGUAUGGCAGUAUAUUACUUUGAUGCGUCGUAUUUACUUAAUAGACUGUCCAGGUGUAGUUUAUCCAUCAUCAGAAACUGAUACAGAAAAAGUUUUGAAGGGUGUAGUUAGGGUAGAACUUGUUAAAAAUCCUGAAGAUUACGUUGAAGAAGUACUAUCGCGCGUAAAACCAGAUUAUAUACGUAAAACUUAUAAGAUUGACGAAUGGAACGAUCACAUCGAUUUUUUGGAAAAGUUAGCACGUAGAACUGGAAAAUUGUUAAAAAAAGCAGAACCAGAUAUUACCAUUGCUUCACGAAUGGUUUUAAAUGAUUGGCAACGCGGUAAAUUACCAUUUUAUAUUCCUCCUCCUGGUUUUGAAGAACCAUUAACAAGAGCAGAAACUAAUGAACCUUCUGUUGAAAAUAAUAAUACUGAACAGGAAAAUGAUGUUGGCACAGAUGAAACUGAAACUGUACCAAACAAAGAACCAGCCAAACUUGAAUUGUCUGUAAUACAAGAUUUUCGAAAAAUAAGAGUUGGUUUAUCAUAUUACGGUGACGAUAUUCGAAAUGUAUUACCCGUUGAAGACAAUAAAUCUGUAAAUAACAAUGAAAGUGAAAAUGGUAUUGAAAUUAGUUCUAUUUCAUCAGACGUAGAUGACAACGAUAUGAGUGAAAUUCAAGAUGAUCAAAAUGUAUCCAUUGAAGAAACAUUGUUAGUAGAAAAUAAAGAAAAUGGCGAAUGUAAUAAAAAUAUUGAAAAUGAUGAAAAUGAUAAUGAGGCAAAUGAAUAUUCUGAUGAUGAAAUUCAUCUACCAUUAGAGAAAGAUACUUUGCUGCAAAGUGCAUAUGAUAUAAGAGAAGAAGAAUAUGAUUCUAGCGAUAGUGAAAUGUUGGAUAAAAAUACUGUAUCUAGUAGUGGUACAUUUAAAAUUUCUGCUGUAUCUGGUAAAGUGGAACAUUCAAUAGGAAAAGUAGGAAGGACAUUAACUAGUAAACAAAAACGAGCUUUAGAAAGAGCCAGUAAAAGAAAGAAAGUUGGUAGUAAUUUUUAUGAAGUUACUAAUGUGAAAAAUAGAAAUAGAAAUAGAAAGGUUCCUAAAAUUAAACGAACAUAAUUUGUACAUGAAUAGGAUAAGAAAUUAUUAAUGUAUUAUAAUGAACUUGUUAAUCUACUUGGUAUUAAAAAUGACAUAUUUAUAUUAAAUGUGUUUAUGAAAAAGAUAAUUAUUUAAAAAAUGUAAUGGGGAAAGAAACAACAUACAGUUUAAAGAAGAAUAUUUAUUAAUUAUUAAAGGUUACGACGGCAAGAAACUAUUGAUUUACACGACACACAAUUUGAAGGUGGAUUACAAUGUAUAUAUAUAUUUCUUUCAUGAGACAAUAUUUUCCAAAAUACGUAUUGGAUCAUUAAGUAUGAAAUUUUACAAAUGUCAGAAUGUAAAUUUUUGGAUUUUGAAUUUCCCCGAAUAUCUUUUAAUUUGACUAAUAAUAAAUUAUUUUUACUUGCCAACAAAAUGAAAAAGUUUAUUUCCAGUAGGUCAAGUUUCAUACUUAAUGACCCAAUACCAUAUAAUCAUUCACACCAUCAUUCAUACAUGCAUAUAUACUUACAUAUAAUUCUAAGAGCGAUUAAUACCUAAUUAUGCCGUAGUUUUUCAACUUUUGUAAUAAGCGGUAGAUGUUACAAUAAUAAGUACAAUAGUUAUAUUUUAAGAACACUUUGAAUUCGUAAUGAAUAUUUCAACUUAAAAGAAAACUGUCGGAAUGUACCUUAAUAUAAGAUAAUAUCCUCGCAUAAAUUUUCGUGAUUUUCGAAUAACGCGUCUCGUUUUCUAUUCCAGUAUAUUAUUAAUUCUUAAUAAAUAAGACACGAUUUAAA